AUGAAGAUAACUCAAAGCUUGGAGAGAGUUUUCUCUCUGUGUUUGGAAAGUUUCACCAGUGGAAAAAGAAAUGGAUCCAGAGAAGCUGCUGUUCUCCUUUGUGUUUGUGCCUUCUCCAGCUUCUUCCCGAGCUCCCUCCUCGGCUUGUAUCUCGUCUACGGCGUGGACUUUGACUCGGCGGUGGCUGGAGGAGCUGCCAGCUGCUUUGGAACCCUCCUGACCGUAGCUCUGUUCUUGUCCAAGAGAAUCAGGUGUUUGUGGAUCCUGUUUGUGAUCUCUAUCUUCAUGAAGAAGAGCCGGAACUUGCUGCUGACUGCCGGGAUGAGUAUAGUUGUCCUCAAUAAUAUUCGCAACACUCUCCAUAACUUAAAAAGUCUGGUCAUGAGCAUGACUUGCAACUUGAAGGCGAAGAAAGAAUCCAUCAUUGGUCCUUUCAGGAAUUACAUUGAGAUGUUGAAGACUAUAGGAAGACUGCUCAAAGGGAUUACCGAUCUUGGAGUUGGGAAUCUGGAUUCUCAGCUGAAAGUUUCACCGAGACUGGAAUCAGAAAAGUUCAACUUCACUCUGAGUGAGGCGCAGCAGAAGCUGAAUGAGACUGUGGAAUCUGCUCAGGCUCUGACUGAGGCCGUCUCCUCUGUGACCCACAGGUUGUUUCCCGCCAUCAGCUUCCUCCUGCUCGUGCUGUUUAUAGCCUUACACAUGAGGAGGUACUGCAACGACAUGAAGUAUAAAAACAAGUUCAUCAGCAGGAGAUUUGUUCUUUUUGAUGAGAAGCAGAAGUCUGAAGGAAAACCGCACGUUCUACCUCUCACACCAAAGGAGGAGAAGCUCUACACUCGCGUCCUGUCCAUCCGCCCCACGCAAAAGGAGCGGAAAAAGAUGGUGAAGUUUGGAAUGCCGAUCCUCUCCCACUCUGCAGUCUGGGUCCUCUUUAUAGUAGUGGAUGCACUAUUGUUCUAUUUUGUAGACGUUAUCACCAAAAGGGUGUCAGAAAUAGAACCGUUCCACGUCCCGCUGAUGCAGAGCUUCAAGGGGAUUGCAAGCGUGCUCGGCAUACCGUUUGCCGAGGAGAUUCAUCAAGCAGACUUCUCUUUCAGUGUGUCUCUGUUUGAGAAGAAGUGUCUCCCUGAACCCAAGCUGCGUCUGGACAAGUCCAUUUACCCGCUGAGUGCCAUCCUGCUCACCCUUCUCAUCAUGACUCUGCUUGGAGCCAAAGUGUCCCAGCUAAGACUCAUGAUCUGCGAGCGUUUCUUCACCGACGCCGCAGAUGAGAGAGUGGAGUAUCUGCAUCGCAAAAUCCUAAGGAAAAGAUUCAAAACUCGACUGGAAGAGGAUGAGUACACUCUCAAGUCACUGGUACUUAAGCCACAUUUCUGGUUCCCGUUGCUCUUUAGACCAAAAAAUAAUCCCCAAAGUGCCGUGUGAAGAAGAUCCUCCUGCUACAAAACUUCCCUGGACCUAUGGAUCGUUGGGAUGGAAUUCUAUGGAAUUCUUUGGGAAUAGAUGAUGGAUUUUACUGACACUUGAAGAUAAUCUUCUAGUCAGUCAGACAUUCUAAAGUCAAAACUCUAAUCUUAUUUAUGUAAUAACUGACAUUAUUUCAUCGGUUGUGAAGACGAGAGGGAGAUGCUUUUAAGAGUUUUAAUUCUUCUCACUGUGUGAGAAACUUGGGCUCUACGUACUGGACAGAGUUUCACAGGAUUUGCAUGCUUUUGUUUUUAGUUUGUUAGAUUAU